GCAGCUUUCGACAGUCGAUGUUGCGUAAGCAGGUCAAGUAGAAGCUGUGCCAAACGUAGUCUGGUUAUUCUAGCGGCUCGUCUGUGCCUGAAGAAGACGCCAUUUUGAAAAUGGAAGAAAAGCCUGUGCAUCGUUGUUGCCACGAUGACAUUCCAGGUGCAAACUGGAGGCCGACCCGGUUUGUUUCGAUGGUGCCCAGUUCAUACGUGUGCUCUAUCUGUGGCAUGAUACCGAAGUCUUUGGUCAAGCUGCCAUGUUCGCACGUCCUCUGUUCCGCUUGCCACGCCACCAACUCCGAUAAUGGUGCCGGCCAGUGUCCCUUGGAAAAGCAGCCAUUUGAGAGGGCGGACAGUGUUUCCGUUAACUGCCCCGUCAGCAAAAUACGCAGGCUGAAGGCGCAUUGCUGGAAUGAGGCGCAAGGAUGCGACUUUGUGGGCUCCGUGGAAACUCUGCUCAAGCAUUACGAGCAUGACUGCACGUAUCACGUUGUGGAAUGUUUGAAGUGCGCUCAGGCGGUCCUUCACAAAGACUUAAGUAAGCACCAUGAGAACGGCUGUGGCGGCUGUGCUUCGCAAUCGGCCGAGGAGAGUUCACCCUCGGAGUCUGCAGCAGGGACGCCUAAAGACACGUUGGAAGACCCGGGGAUGCUGUUGCAGGAUCCUUGUUGCGGACUGCCCGCCAUCAUGACACUGAUGAGUAAGGUUGUACAACGCGCCAAGGAACAUGAAGUCUUGGUGAGCACCUGUACAAAUGACUUCAGAGCUUCAAUGCUGAAAUUGAAGACAGAUAUGGCUCAAAUGUCUAAGUUAACCACUGCAACACCAUCGCAUUCGAACGAACUUGGGGUAUAUCUGUCAGAAUUAGAUAACACACUCGUGUUCCGAAAGUUGGAGCAUUUUGCGCACUCAUCUCUCAAGCAGCUGGAACUCAUGCGACAGAUUGUCAGUCAACCUGCAGGUCACCGGUCGGUGAUCGUGAACUGUGAGCCCAUUGUGAAUUCUAUGGACGAGUGCCGCCGCUUAAGCAAUGCACUAUCUAUAGAAGAUGGCUUGAGCAAAGAAAUUUUGAAGCAAAUCUACUCACUUUGCUUCGAAAAUGCCGAAGAACUUUUUUCGUGUGCGCCGGUACCGAAGAAGCUUGCUGAUGUGACUAUACCAUUUACGAGGGACACAUAUUUCACGAUUGUCGUCUCGAAACGCACCACAUCUGUCAAGGAUACAGGCACGCUGUACUUAGAUAUUCAGUUCAACGGACUACUCGAGGAAUCUCGGUGCAUAUUGAGUAACUGGACCGUGAGAGUUAAACAUCCCAAUAGCUUGGACCUCGAUCUCGAAGGUCCUAAGGAAAGUUACUGCAACUGUAUGCGAGUUUUGGAGAAAUAUGAGCACUUCCACCGUGGUUUUUCUGUAAAGCUAGAUGAUGUGAGGUCUGGUGGGUUCCUCAGAAACGGCUGUUUGACGCUGGAGAUUAAGUUUGACGAGCCUUCAUCCCUCAAUACGUUUGAAUAACUAAACGUGAUUGUCGAUGCAAGAUAUUCUUUGCUGUCACAUUCGUUGAUGAUGCCCCACCUUUGGGUGUCUGUACAGUUUUACUUUUCUAUCAACUCUGACUAACACGUUUCUUUUUUCUGUUUGUUGUAACACUUUUUUUUCGAAUCUCGAGUUGUUCUGAUACUUGUAUUGUUUGUCUUGACAGGGAACGUUGCCUUUGUGUAGAUGUUACCCUGAGGACACUCCAACUCUCGGCUUAUUAAAAUACUGCUGCUUGAUUUGUACACUGCG